GGGCAGGAUAUGAGCGUGCCUUUAAAAGAAGACGAUCAUACCGGGACUUGGGAGAGUUGGAGAACUGAGUGAAGGAAGGAAUGAAGAUGAUUGGAAUUGAAACUCAAGGUGCAAGCAGUAAAAUCCUGACACUUGUGAACCAGUUAAAUGUACAACUAGAACAGGAACCAAAAUAUCAGCCAAGGAUAAGUGGUUUGAAAGUCAUUGAAUCAGCACAUGAGAAUGGAAUUCGGAUGACUAUGCGACUGAGAGAGUUUGAAGUCAAGGAUCUCCUCAGUCUGUCCCAAUUCUUUGGCUUUAGUACUGAUGCAUUUGUCCUGGCUGUCAGUUUGCUUGAUAGAUUUCUAGGGUUGAUGAAGGUGCAGCCGAAACACUUAUGCUGUGUUGGCCUGUGCUGCUUUUACCUUGCUGUGAAAGCAACUGAAGAAGAGCACAGUGUUCCACUUGCCAGUGACUUGAUUCGAAUCAGUCAGUGUAGAUUCACCAUUUCAGAUAUGAUGAGGAUGGAGAAUAUUAUACUGGAAAAGUUGCGCUGCAGGGUGAGAGGUCCAACUGUCUUGGACUUUCUGCGACUAUAUCACAAACUCAUUCUGAAUUGUUCUUCAUCUGAAAGGAAAAAGAUGCUGAAUCUUGAGCGACUUGAAUCCCAGCUUAAAGCUUGUAAUUGUCGCUUUGUAUUCUCGAAAACAAAAGGAUCCAUAUUGGCGCUGUCAAUCAUUGCACUCGAGAUCCAAACACAGAAAUUGCAUGAAUUAACAGAGACCAUAGAGAGUCUACAGCAACAUUCCAAAAUCAGUGACCAUGAUUUGUUCCAUUGGCGAGAUCGUGUUGCAGAAUGUUUGGCAGAGUAUUCAUCAUCUAGGUGCUCCAGACCUAGUAGCAAAAAGCUCAUGUGGAUUGUAUCAAGACGCACAUCCGGGCAACUUCACAGUUACCAUCGUAUAACUCCUCUUCCGACAAUUCCUGAAACUGCUACUUAUACCGAAUGAGAAUUGUAACACAUCAUGAACCAAAAGGAACGAUGCUUGUCAGAUUAAGUGCCUCAAUAGCCAAUUUUGAUCAUCUUCACCAGCCGUCUUCCUGAAGAGCUGCAGCUUUGCAGUGAAGUAGUGCAUGGGAUGUAGUUCUGAAAAUCGCUAGCAGCGGUUUCACUGUUGCAUUUCUAAACAAUUUUUAACUUACAUGACAGUUGAAUGCAGAGUUCAGGCAAAGUUUGAACUUAAUCAAAUAAAUGAUUGUGUAUAAUCAGUUUAACUUAACAUUAAUUUAAUCUUAAGUGAAGCUUUUAAUUAAGAAAUAAUUGCACAUAACACCAUCUUUUGGAAAAUGGAAAUCUAUUGAUAACCCCCCUGGCAACUUCCAUUAUCAUACAGGUCACUUAUUAAUCAUGACCUUUUUUCCUCCCACCUCGAACCUGAAGAAUUGAAUUGCAGUUAGAUGCAGCCAGCUCCUAGAAGUGGACUAAAAACUGAUUAUUUGCAGUCAUUCUUUUGGUUUACUUUUGCAUAUUUAUUUGGCAGAUGUAACAUCUGUUUUUAUUUGUCAUUUCAAUGACUGAGAUGAACCUAUGAUUUCAUAACACCCCCUCUAUUCUUUGCAGCCCUGACAAACUGUGGGGAGAAUUUAAUUGAGCAUGCACGAUGGUGAGAGAGGUAAUGGGAAUAUCAGGUAGGGGAAUAAACCCAUCCAAUUCCUGGUGUUGGGAAAGCUGUCCCCCGUUAAAUCAGGGAAGGAAGUUGACAUAGGAAUCUUGUUACUCUUUGAUUUUCCUAAACUGUACAAUUUUGCAUUUGCACACAGUUGGGAAUAGAAGCUCUAGUUUUGUGAUUGAGUAGAGGAAUGGGGUUUUAUUUUGAGUAUUUAAAUUUUUCAUAUGCUGAAAUUCAAUAUGCUGAAGUAAUGUUUCUAAUUCAAGGCUUUAGUCCCAGGUGAAUGUAAAUUUCAUUGUUCCAUGUGUGGAGGAAGCUGAGAGACUAUAGUUAGAUGUUCUGAUUGGCUGUGCUUCAUCUGCAAUUGUUACAUGUUUAGGGAAUUUAAUUUAAUUUUUGUCCCCUAAAAUGUUGAAUCACACCAGUACUCCUAAUUGUAAUUGUUUUGAGAGAGUGGUGUAAGGGAAUUGAUAUUGAUAUGUUGUAGGUUUCGUAGUAUGUGAAGAUGUGGCAGGAGUGUUGUUGCUAUGGGUAGAUCAGCCAUGUGAUCUUUGGGGGAGCCAUUCAUUCUCAGGUGCAAGGGAUACGAUUGCUUUAAAUUUAAAAGCAAAAUACAGUACAAAGAUUUUAUUUAGGCUUUACUUCAACUAUUUUCUUCCACUGAAGGAAUAAGAUGUAAAAGCUUAUUUUCCUUUCAGGACAGUUUCUAGGUUUAGAGACUGCUUAACGAAAGUUCCCAGCUCCUGAAAUUGUUAAAGGGUAUUUUACCAGUUAGGACAAGCUAACAUUUACGUAGAGGAACAGGUUUGAGGAAGUGAAUUGAAUUUUAUGGUGAAGCAGAAGCUUCUGAACAUAGAUUUUAGUAGAAAUAAAUAUGGAGUCUAUAACUAUAAAGGAUGUCUACAUGUGGAAGAGAAGGUGAGUUUAAAUUCAUUUUUAAUGAAAUGAAUGUUUAGUGUAUACUUUGCAGCAGAAAGAUUGUUAGUACUUUUAAUAAUGCAAGGAGACAAAUGCAGGGUUGAUCUAGUACAUUCACAGCUUGAAAUGCUGAUUCCCAAUUGUUGGUACAUGUUGGGAAGCAAUUAAGUCAGUAUAUUUGAGAAAUUUUUUAAAAAGCCUAAGUAAAACACACCAAAUCAUGAAGGGUUCUCAAAUUAAUAUUUCUGAAACUCUACAAACGUUUUGGUUUGUUGGGCAAACCCAGUCUAAGUGUUUGCCUUUCCACUUACACAAUAAAUCAGUUUUAAAAAAAAAAGGAUAAAUUGAGCAUAUUGUGCAUCGAGGGUUUAAGCUUAUUGACCAACACAUUCCAAGCAACCAAGAAAACUUUCUUUACCCUGAUUAGAGUCUGGAGGGGGAAAUAUUUAAUCAAACAUGUGUACAUAAUAAACAUGCUUAAAUUUAUUUACAAGUUUGAGAUUCAGCAUGGUUCAAUUUUGAGGUUAAAUGCUAUUGUCAAAUGCAUUUAGUACAGGAAACACUUGUGUGAAUUUUUCCAUUUUUGUUUGAGUGGUUCCAAAAUCAAUUGUGGCAACAAUGCACAUGCAUGACUAAUAAAUGAAUAAAUAUUGAAAUGCAAAUUCAGACAUGUCAACAUUCUACAUUGUGUAAUAUUCCAGACAGA